AUGGCGGGCUCUGAUUCUGACCUCGCUUUCAACCCAGCGGCGUAUACACUUGCAGUGUUGGAUUACCCCGGUUUAUGCCCUGGUCCACGCGUGCGCUCUGACGGCACUUGCGAUUCGUUCGAUGGUGAACCAUCGGUGUCCGCCUACGACGAUUGUGGCUCCCCCGUACAAGCUCAAGAUGACCUCUGCCGAAACUACAGAUGCUGCGACGUGUCAUUGGGCGACCUGCACGCGUUGGUCGAGCACUUCGAAGAAGCUCACGUCGUGAUCAUCGAUGAUCCUGCCACCCAACAAUUGGCGUUCUACCCAGAUUCACUCGUGCAAUGGACCGGUGGUGUCUUGCCAGCACAUCAUGGCACCUACGAAACAUAUGCGGACUACAUCCUGGCUCUCACGAAGACGCACAAGGAGUACAAGUACGAAGCUACAGUGGCUACUCGAGACAUCCUGCCCGUGUCACAGAAUACCACAGAGGAGCUGCAGGAAUCCGUCGCUCCAACGGCGGCGGCCCAAGACAUAACCCGCAAGCUCAACAAGGAGACUCCCUUAUCCGUGGACAGUGUACCAUCUGACGCUGGAGUCAGAAUUUCAACCAGCCCGGUACGCGUUUGCGCGGGUUCGUCACUUCUAUCAAAGAGGUUUCCGUGCCCCGAACCCGGAUGUACAAAGUCGUAUAAGCAGGCAAAUGGUCUGAGAUACCACAUGGCGCAUGGGUCGUGCUCUUUCAUUCCUUCCCGGCAUUAUGAAGCCGUGCAAUGUCUCCUAGUCGAGAAGGGUUUGAGCCCCGACGCCAGACUCUCUGAGAACGAUGCGCAAGAACUCAAACGCGAGGUGGAGCGCCGCACACAUCCAUUCGUGUGCGGCGUUGACGAAUGCGAUCGACGAUACAAGACUUUUGGCGGCCUACGUUACCAUUGCUUACACUCGGGCGAGCAUGGUUACGGCGGCCUUCGCCUUCUCGCAUCUGGUCGGCAUCAAUGCCUUCAACUCCUCACUGGCCGCUCGCGAGAGACUGCGCAGGCGCAGGCGCAGGCUGCCGCAGCUGUUGUUACGAGGGCGGCGACGAGUGGAGGAACCAGGACGCUUCCGUCAGUCGCUCGUGAAAGGAGAUCGUGUAGCUCAUAG